CAUCCCGCAAGGGUAGGCCUACAACGACGACGACGAGUCCCUCCCGCCACCAUCGAGGCCACAACGUCGGCGGUCGAGAAUAGGAAUCGCGUGGGCCAUGUACCACGGUCACUCUCUCCACCAUGGCCGCGGCGGAGCGGGUGGGGGCGGUAAUGUCGGUGGGCAGCAGUCGCCGCAGACCUUUGCGCCGCCGCUCCCUCCUCACACUUCUCGCUCCGCCGCAGGCUCACGGCUUUUGAUGUCGCCCCGCUCAGCCUACUCCCUCUACCAGAGCCCGUCGCAAAUGCAGCAUCAGCCGCACCCCCAACCGCAGCAGCAAUACCAGCACCAGCCGCACCAGCAGCAACAACAACACAAGCAGGUUCAAGCGUUGCAACAGGAGCAGCAGCACCAGCACCAGCACCAGCACCAGCAGCCACAUCCACAGCAGCAACAGCAUCCACAACAGCAGCAACCACCGCAGCAACAAGUGGCUAGCUACCAGGAACACCCUACUUCUUCCUCUUCUCCUAUGCUUCAUCAGUCUUACCCAGCCGACUAUGGGCUCAUCCAGCACGGCAGCACCUACGGCAGUGGAAUGCACCAGGCAGAGGCCCCUUCGUCGCGCGAACAGCGCACCUCGCACGAAAGGCAGUCGUCUUUGUCCGCAUCCUCGUUGAAUCAUGCCCGAAGCGGUCCUGCUACCGCCACUGGCCUGGUCGGCAGCACGUCGACCAGCGGCGGCAGUGAGGACCCGUCACCGACGAACUGGUCAGUGAUCGGACGGUCGCUCUCGUCAAUCGCUGGCGACAUGUCUAUGUCUGUUCGCCAAAAUGAGAGCGUGAUUGGUCUUUUGGACAAGCUCGUUGCUCGGGUCGACGCUCACACAGAGAGCUUGUCUGUGCUCAUGAAGCUGUCUUCCGAGAUCAAAGCCACGCAGGAAGCGGCUUCCACGUCGAAUCGUCGACGCCGCUCGCCCUCGAGGUCCCCGGAUCGUGAACAUAGGCGUAAUCGCAGGAACGAAGCUUCCACGAGAGAGAAAGGAGGCGCUUCAUCAGCUCGUCAGUACGAUGCUUCCACUGGGCUUUCGACUAUGAAUGUCACCGCGCCCGAUCGCCAAUUUCAAUCAGCUCAAGAGCCUGUCCAUCCGCCGUCGUUGCCUCCUCCAAUGGCUCCACCCGCUUCGUCAAUCUCCGACGGGCUCCAAGCCACAGCUGCUCCAGCACCUCCACCGCCCUCUCACACUCCCCACUCUGUCCCUCCUGCUGCGGAUCGCGGAGGUAGAUAUGCCAUGGAAGAUCUUCAGGCCAGGCACGACUAUCGCCAUCAAUCAGCCAUGUCCAACCACCUUGACAUGGCUCAGUCGAUGCAGGACAGCCGCCAGCAGCAAGAACUCACGGGGCCAGAGGAGGGGCUAUCCCCUAUGUCAACCGCACCUAAGGUCGCUUUCAUGCUCAGCGCCAACGAGGACCCGCCCAUCUCAGCCGAAAGGCGAGGGCGCAGCGGAAUUGGUCAGGUCAACGGUCUCCAGCAUCAACAACAACAACAGCAGCAGCAGCAGCAACACGACCAUCAUCAGGCACCGCCACCGCCGCCACCCUACCAGCCCACGCCUCUCAGUGCUAGGGUCCAAUCACGCCAACAACGACAUCAUGUCCAAGACCAACUGGGUCACGUGGAGCAGCAGCCACCAGCAUCAGCACCUCAGGCGCACACUGUCAAUCAGCUGCCUUCGCCUGUGUUUCCCGAGGCUCUUCGCGCAAACGAAAGCCUUGAUCAGGCGUUUGGCUUUUCUUCUGGUCCGGCGAUAAAUAACACGACGCACACCAAUGGCGGAACAGGGAGCGGUAGUAACAACGUCGGCGGCGCCGGCGCCGGCGGUGGUGGACAAGUCGGCAACGAUUCGCGUUAUCAUGAGCACAUGUACGAUGGCAGUCUGCAGCAGCAGCAUCACUCCUCUUCUUUCUUGGAUGAGGCGGGUGUUUUCCCUUCGAGUGGCAGCACUGAACAGAUGGCAAGCUCAGACGCGGACCCAGCACACGGUCGAAGAUCAUCAGCGAGGAUCACCGUACGUCAGCCUAACAAUCGCCGUUCUCAGACUGCAGGCGAAGGAGAAGGGGUGCAGGAAGCUGUGGGCGACGAGAGCAAUUUCCUUGACGGAGAGAAGUUGGAAGAUUGGACGUUCUGGCUCGCACCUCGGGAGCCGCCAAUGAGCGCGACUAAGGGCUUGCAUCGGGCAAAGUAUCAGACAAUCUCGCAAGUUCGUCAAGAGAGGAAAGCUGUGACAAAGCGAAGCAUCGCAACGAUUGGGAGAAUCCCCCUGAAGACGUACCUCGAGGUCGCUGAUGCCGAGUAUCGUGCGAUCAGAAGGACUGCUCGGAGAGUGUACAAUGAUUGGUUGGAACAAAAUGUGCGGCUUGCAAAGCAGGAGAAGGACCGUGUCACGGCCUGCAUCCACAAAAUCGAGCAUGACCAUGCGCUCUUGGCUGACUGCGAAGGCCAUUGGAAAGCGAGGGAGCUACUGCAACAAGUCAUCGACAAUGCAAUUGAUGAAAUGACGCUUCAUCGCAAGAGGGCUGCCAAGCAGCAGGAAGGGGCAGAUAACGGGAGACACCAUGGUGGUGGAGGAGGCGGACCCGCAGCAGGCGGAGGCAGCAAUGGUGCUGGCGGUGGAGCAGGAGGACGGCCGAGGAGAAGCGGUGGCGGUAGCGGCGGCGGCGGCGGCGGUGCCAGUGGCGGACCUGGGGCCGCAGACGGGAGCAACGGCGGAGGACCUUUCAGAGGCACGCGAAGGUCAGCUGCGCAAGCUGGACUUGAUGAUGGCGCGGCCAUACCCACGCAGAGAAUGAGAUCUGCCACGACGACGACAGCAUCGAGUACGGCUACCAAGACGAGCGCAAAUACCCACUAUGCUCGUAGCUUGAGCGUUACGAGUCUCUCCGACGAUGACGGCAAUGAUUUUAACGACAAUGAGAAAGGAGGAAGGAAGGGCGACGCUGCAUUUAGGGACGCAGAAUCAGUUACGUCGACGAUAGGGGCGCACAACCAGUGGAUCUAUCCUCCUACAGCGAGCCUCAUGACAGCGACUUUGGGUCAAAGCCUCUAUUCGUACAGUCCACGAGCGUCUACUAUCGUCUUCGGCUCGCACUCACGCUCAGCAAUGGAGCCAUACAGGCCCUCAGGGCUUGCGUCCUCGUUGGUUUAGUUAUCUCGCCCUUUUCUUUAGGUCAGACUGUGUAGCAAAAGUGUAUCAUGAACCGGUAG